AUGUCGUACCAAGCUCCUUGUGAUCGUCCGAAUGCCUCGCCAAUGGAUAAACGUGGCACGGGCGCAUACAAUAUCAAUGCUGGCAUUGACUCAAGCAUUCAUAGUGAUCCGGCACAUCGCGGAACAUUAUCAACUCCUGAAUUGGAAGCCAUUCAUAAGUCGAAAGGUUAUAAACAAGCCAUGAAAUAUGAAGAAGAAGAUAAAAUUGAAUUAGCUGCCAAAAUGAAAUACAUAUCUCAAGCACAAAAACAGGAUGAACAACGAGAAAAAUGUGAUAGAUGA